CUGAUUGUGUUUGUCAGGAUGUGGAGCAGGUUUCAGUGCGUGUGACUGAUGGGACAGAAGCUCAGGAUUCAGUCUGGAGCGUCAGAGAUCAGAGAUCCAGAGACACACAGGACUCAGAGCUCAGCCUCACUUUACUCUGUUAUACUGACGCUCAGGAUCAUGAAUCCACUGAUCAAACCUCUGACUGUAACGCUGGAGAACAGCAGAUGCUGCAGACGCCGCUGAAGAUGUGCUCCGUCAAACUGGUGGACUGCAGGAACCUGAUAGAGAGCCGAGGAGAAGAAACCACCGCAGAGGAACAACACAGUGAUGAGGAAGAGGAGGAUGAUUAUGAUGAGAAUAAUGGGAAUGAUGAUGAUGAUGAUGAAGAAUUCAUUCCUCCAGAUGAUAAAGGCUGUUCUUCUGAUGGAGAAACAGACUUAACAUCAAAAGAUCAGCUGCAGACCAAGAGUUUCUCCUGCGACACCUGUGGAAAAACACUGAGUUCAGAGGGUAAUUUAGCGAGACACGAAAGAAAACACAAAGAACAGAAAGACUUCACCUGUAGGAUAUGCAACACCAGCUUUCCUACCGCAGAAGAGAAGAGACUUCAUUCAAAAGAGCACAGCGCGAAGAAGGAGUUUCACUGUGAACAGUGCGGGAAGGUUUUUUUCAUUCAUUCUAGUCUAAAAGUUCACUUGAAGACUCACGGUGAAAAGUCUUUCCACUGCAGCGAAUGCGACAAGUAUUUCAGCACCAAAGGAAAUCUUGUUGCUCAUAAGCGAAUCCACACGGGAGAAAGACCAUACAAGUGCCCUCACUGUGAGAAGAGCUUCAAUCAUGGAUCUCAUCUGAAGACACAUGUGCGUUUGCACACCAAUGAGAGGCCGUAUCAGUGCAGUGAAUGUGGGAAAACCUUCACAGACUCAAGCUGUCUAAGGUCACACCAGAAAAUACACUCUGAUGAGAAACUGUUUCAGUGCAAACACUGCGACAAACGAUUCCGUCAAAGAUCUAAUCGGAAUUGUCACGAGAGGAUUCACACUGGAGAGAAACCAUAUCUGUGCUCCUACUGCGGGAAGAGCUUUUCUGAUCCACGUUCUUUUGUAUUUCAUAAGAGAGUCCACACUGGAGAAAAACCGUAUCACUGCAGCGUCUGUGGGAAGAGUUUCAGUAAGUUUGAUACUUUACAAAACCACAAGAGGAUUCAUACCGGAGAAAGACCGUUCAAAUGCUCACAGUGUGACAAGACGUUUGCUCGAUCAGACAUCCUUAAGGUCCAUCAGCGAGUUCAUACAGGAGAGAAACCUUACUCCUGCUCCAUCUGCGGCGAGAGAUUCGCUUAUUUAGGUAGUUUUCAGACCCACCAGAACAAACACGCUAAAGAACAAACUGCUCCAGAAUCAUCAGAGUGACUUUCAUCAGUCAAUCUGGAGAAAAAAAUGAAAAUGUUCAUUGAGCUCUUACUGCCAGUAGGGGGCAGUGAACUUUUUUAAUGCGGUGGAUUGGUCCAAGUGCUGUAUCUAAAGUAGAGUAAUGAUUUUAUGAUAAACCAGACAGAACUAUUAAAAAUCCUCAAAAUAAAAUACUACAAUAAUACGA